AUGCAUGAAUAUCGUCUCGGGGAGUGCGCCGAUUACCUCGCCGUGCAUUCCAAUUAUUGGCUAAGUGGAUCUGCCGGGGUUAAAUUCGCGGCGGAUAUCAAUCGAGCCCACGUGGUUACAUUUCAUACGCUGGCUCAGAUCAAGAUGCAGUCGCGCUCCGGGGAGGCUGAAAUACCCGAACGCCGGCGAGCAGAAACGGAAAUAAUUGGCGCCGCCGACUGCAUCAUUGCCUACAGCGCACACGAGCGCGACGCCAUGGUGCGGUUGUAUGGGGCCGAUGCCAGGCGAAUCGAAUUAAUCCCUUGCGGCGUGGAUCUAUCCCGUUUUCGGCCUCUGGGGCGCGCCCGCGCCAAUCGCAAGCUCGGACUAAAAGGCAAUAAGAUUCUCCUGUACGUGGGCCGUAUCGAGGCACUUAAGGGAGUGGACCUGCUAAUCCACACAGCCGCCCAAUUGGAAUCGGACGAAACCGUGCAGGUUUUGGUGGUGGGCUCCGAUGCGGAUGGAGGCCAGGAAAUCGCCCGUUUGCAGCGGAUGGCCGAUGAUUUGAAUGUGGGCGCCAAUGUCGAGUUCGUGGGCAGGGUGCCUCAGGAGCAAUUAGCCUGGUAUUAUUCGGCGGCCGACGUGUGCGUGGUGCCGUCGUUCUACGAGAGUUUCGGGUUGGCCGCUCUCGAAAGCAUGGCUUGUGGCACUCCCGUGGUGGCGUCGCGGGUUGGCGGCUUGCCGACCAUCGUUCAGCAUGGCCGCACCGGCUACCUGAAAUCGUGGCGGUGCCCGGAGUCCUUCGCAAACUCCGUGGAGAUGAUAAUGGACAACCGGAGCUUGCGGGACAGUAUGGGGCGGGCCGCGAGACACCGAGCCGAAGGAUUGAGCUGGGACCGGGUUGCCCAGAGGUUGCUGGAAUUGUACGCACGGUUGGCUGUCGACCGAGUCGGCAGGACGGUGGCAGCAUGA